CUAUGCGAUCCCACCCAGUUUGUGAAUCACUUCCUUCGUCGAUUCAUAAAUCCUCAGGAAGCAACCGAACCACCCAUCCAAACGUUGUCCAAAUAGAAAGCGAAAAAUGAGUUCCACUCAAAACCAAGUAAAACCCUACCAAGAGGAAGAGGACCCAUGCCUCAAAGCCCUCUUGUUUUCUAGCUAUCACGUCUUCCCAGUGAUCCUGCAUGCCGCUGUGGAGCUCGAUCUCUUUGGGAUCAUAGCCCAGGCUGGCCCCGGGGCCUACGUGUCGCCCGCCGAGGUGGUCGCCCACCUCCCGGCCCAGACUGCCGAGUCACCCGAGAUCAUUGAUCGGGUCCUUCGUUGCCUUGCGAGCCACUCCCUCCUCACGUACAAGUCCAAGACGUUUGACGAUGGGAGGACCGUGGAGAGGCGGUAUGCGAUAUCGCCGGUCGGGAAGUACUAUGUCAAGGACGAGGAUGGCGGCUCUGUCGGCUCGCUCUCUCUCUUCGCCUUCCACCGAGCCACCAUUGACGUCUGGCUCCAAGUCAAAGAAGCAAUUGUUGGCGGAGGGGGCAACUUGUUCCAGAAGGUACAUGGCAAGUCCAUAUUCCAGUACAUGAAGGAGGACUCAUCCCUGAGCAAGUACUUCAACGACGCGAUGGCCGAUCUCUCCGCGACACAGACGAGGAAGAUCCUCGAAGUCUACCACGGGUUUGACGGGAUCUCAACUCUGGUUGAUGUUGGCGGUGGAAAAGGCGCGACCCUUAACAUGAUUGUCUCGAAGUACCCCUCGAUCAAGGGCAUCAACUUCGAUUUGCCCCAAGUCAUUGGACACGCUCCUUCUUAUCCCGGCGUGGAGCACGUCGGAGGAGAUAUGUUUGCGAGCGUCCCGGAGGGCGACGCGAUCAUGAUUAAGGGCACGUGCCACAAUUGGAGCGACGAGUCGUGCAUAAAGUUUUUGAAGAACUGUUACAAAGCUUUGCCGGCGAACGGGAAGGUGAUCGUGAUGGACUUCAUCAUGCCAGACGAGCCGGAGGAGACGAUGGCGUCUAAGUACGUGUCGAUGCUCGACAAUGCCAUGUUGAUUCAGCCGGGAGGGAAGGAGAGGACCGAGAAGCAGUUCGAGUACUUGUGCAAAGGAGCUGGGUUCACGGGCUUUAAGGUCGCUGCCAGAGCUGUGUCUGCACUGGGAGUGAUUGAGUUCAACAAGUGAUUGUAUGAACUCAAUCUGUCUCUGUCUUCUUUGUCCAGGUGAUCUUAUGUACAAGAAGCAAAGAGACAUCGCGGAAUUCAAUGAAUAAAAUUGCCUCGACAGGGGUUUCUGCAA